ACAUUUUCCUGUUGAUUGAUAAUAUUUUCGCACAUCGUUGAAUGAUUGAUGCCCUCGGCAAUCCUGCAACAUAACAGUGUCAUAAAAAAAUCCCUAAGGGCACAUGGGCUGAGAAGAACAACCAAAAUAAAAGCAUGUCUGUACGAAGUGCCCCCACGACGUCUCUGCAACUGCUGCAAGUGAACGUAAGCUUCGGAAAAAUGGCGAGCUUCCUUAAGAGAAAAAUUUGCCACUUGAUCCACUGUGUGGCAUUUAUUGGAACAAUUGCUUUACUCGUAAGCUUAGGUGGUGGAGUAGGAAAACAGCAAUCAAAUGACCUCAAAGCCAAAGAAAAUCUUAGUACAUGGGAACGCUAUGGAUUUCUUUUAGCUGCCUUUCUGUAUGCUACUAGGAUCCUUACACUUCUGUGCUUGCCCAUGGCUUUAUUUAAUUUCUUGGGUCUUGUCCUUUUUAAUGCAUUUCCUCGCCAACCACCAUUUAAGGUUUACAGUAGGCGUCAACAUGUCGCUACGCCCCUUAUUUGUUUUCGGGUGGUUACCAAAGGUGACUUUCCCCAGUUGGUGCGCCGCAACAUUUCAACAAACUUGAAAAUUUGCCAGGAGGCAGGUCUAGAGCAUUUCACUUUCGAAGUUGUCACAGACAAAUCAGUAUCCUUGGCCGCUAACAAAAGGGUACGUGAGCUGGUAGUACCAGAUGAUUAUGUCACAAAAUCCGGAGCCCUCUACAAAUCAAGAGCAUUACAAUAUUGCCUAGAAAAAGAGGUCAACGUCUUGAACGAUGAGGAUUGGAUCGUACAUCUUGACGAGGAAACUCUUCUUACCGUUGGUUGUCUUAAAGGAAUUGAAAAUUUCAUUUAUGAAGGGAAGUAUCAGUUUGGGCAAGGAGUGAUAACGUAUAAUAAUGGAAAGGUAGUCAACCUGGUUUUAACGCUGUGUGAUUCGAUUCGUGUUGCUGACGAUAUGGGAAAAGUGCAAUUUCAGCUCAAAGUUCUGCAUAUGCCAAUUAUGGGUUGGAAAGGAUCGUAUGUCGUGUCUAAUGUUGGUGCUGAGAAAGAUGUUAGCUUCGAUCUUGGACCAAGAGGCUCAGUGGCAGAAGACGCUUACUUCGGUCUUUUAGCAGCCAGCAAGGGCUACUCAUUCGGUUUCAUUGAAGGGGAUAUGUUGGAAAAGUCUCCUUUCACUUUUAAAGAUUUUCUUCGUCAAAGGAAACGGUGGCUCCAGGGUCUUCUUCUUGUUGUUCAUUCAUCAGAAAUUCCUCUAAGGUUUCGCAUUCUACUUGGCUUCUGCGUAUAUGCCACAGCAACGGCACCGUUGACGACGUUAAAUUUAUUUCUCCAGCCGUGUUUCCCAAUACAGAUUGGCCGAUUUGUAGAUUGGAGCGGAUGUUUCGUUGGAGGUGUCAUUUUGUACAUGAAUUUGUACGGAACGUUGAGGUCCUACAGCAUAAAAGACGCUGGGAUACUCAAAGUUCUACUUGUAGCCGUCUUAGGAUUCGCUGUUCAACCUAUUAAGUUCGUUCUUGAGGUAACUGCCAUCUUAUGGGGUCUUAUUACGCCGAAAAACGAGUUUGUAGUAGUCGAUAAGAAUGUACAUUUGAGCUCAGUUUUGUCUACCUUACCGUAAACUAGUAAAUUAUUCAGCUGUCCUAAACGGAGACGCUAGACAUAUUUUUCCGUCUUUCUUAAUGUUUAUGAACCGCUUAUUAUCCGUGACAGCCAAAAAUGUAACCAAGUUACAUGUUAUUUAAUAUACGUUGCGUGCCAUGUUUGCCCCACUAAA